AUGAAGGUCUUCUAUUUUGCCUUUGCCCUGGCGGGGAGUACAUUCGCACUUCCGCGGUGUACCAGCUGGUUGGAAGACGGGUUCCAGCAUCCAGGCAUUUAUCAUGACUGUCGAUCUCUUGACCGUAUCCAGGCCAAUUACCACAGCAACAGCUCUGCAUACUUGGAUGCACUGAGCAGCGCCCAGUCUCGCCUACCAGCUCUCCAAGAUGAUGCAACCUGGACGAUGUCAGGACCAUUUGAGAGCGUGAAUUGGGCUGGUGGCGACGGCCACAAUAUCCCCCUUCAAACAGAUGGCAAGUCCGCAUACGCUCUGACAAUUGGCUGGUACGCCACUGGCAAUAGUCUGUGGUUGUCACGAGCAAAGGAAAUCGUGCUAGCAUGGGGUUUGACAUUGAAGGAUUUGAACGAGCAGAUUCAAGGUGGAGAAGGUCUUGCAUAUAUGACCGCCGCAGCAGAAAUUCUCCGCGCUUCUGCUAGGGACUCAGGUUGGACCGUGGAGAACACGACAACAUGGUUGAAUAUCAUCGAAACCGUCACAGCUCCCUGGAACGUGUCAUACGGCAUUGCUCGAAAUGACUUCUUUAUGAAUCAAGGGUUUUACGAGAACGGGGGUGCAAUGAACCUGGCUGUAUUCAGUAACAAUCGCACCCUAUAUGACGAAAUGGUUCGCCAUGCUACGAUCGGAGAAAACCCUGAUCCUACUAUUGAUUAUGCCAUUCCGAUUCAGGGCCAUCCGAUGGGCACUCUUCGUGGUCUUGCAUUCAUGGGCACCACGGCCCAUAUACAAGGCGGCGCCGACUUCUAUAAUCAGAACUCAUCCCGACUUUUGGCUGGAUAUGAGUACUGGGCUCGAUACAAUGACAUGGUCCCUUGGGAACCCAAGGUCAUCCGUCCAGGAAGCGGUGAAGUUUAUGACAAACUAGUCAACAUAUCUCGGGGAAAAAACUAUUCCAAGUAUACGCAGCCUCUGGAGGCUAUUGGUACUGCAUUCCAUGAGUAUUAUCGAAGAGGUCGCGCGCCCGAUAUGCCUUACUAUUCCAGCUAUAUGAAGUGGCAGGGCAUUAGUUGGGACACCUUCGAAUGGGGCGAUGAUAACAGUGUUGGCUUCCUUGGUCAGUUGUGA